UCUGUAGUUAAACAUUCAACUUCCUUAGCCUGUUAUCUAUAAGUACCACAGAUGAAAAAGCCGUUAGAACGCUUUUUCAGAAAACUAACUCACCGUACAUAUUUAUUUGUGUGUAUGUGUUUAUAUAUGCCUGAUCCCAUCCCACCUCCCAUUAAUGGGUCAGUAAUUGGGCUGUGUCUUUCACAAGACUGAGCUGUUUGGAUUAUGUUUAAUCUGUUGCUCUGAACUGCAUUAGCAGCAGAGUCCCUCAUAGUAAGGUUUUGAACAAAACACUCGUCUUCUCUUCUUGAAAAGAGAGGGGGAAAAAAGCAGUUGAUCUCUUUUCUGAAGGUCUUUCUGUCUGUCUCUCCCCUCCCCCCAGAGACGAAUAGCAAGGGGAGGAGCUCACUCACUGUUCUAACCACACUUCAUAUGUCUUAACUUGAGUGCUUUUUGGUUUCCUGUCGGCAGUAAAUCAACUCUGUGCCAUCUUGACUUGUGUGAAGGGUGGAUAAAUUGGUAACUGCACUCAGAAGGGGAGUGAGUUCUCACAGUCUGAUCUGAGCAUAAGGCAUGAGACUGAAUUUAUGAAAGCUUCAGUAGCCUCCGAAGACAACAUCUUUCUUCUGCGACUUUGAGGUUUUUUCAUUAUAUUUGUGGGCUCUUGUUUCUGAGAAGAACCUGUCAUGACGCUACUGGAACCUGAGAUGUUAAUGAUGGCUGUACAGUCCGUGCUGCAGUUGAAGCUCCAGCAGCGCCGGACGCGGGAGGAACUGGUGAGCCAAGGGAUCAUGCCGCCUUUGAAAAGUCCAGCUGCAUUUCAUGAGCAGAGAAGGAGCUUGGAGCGGGCCAGGACAGAGGACUACCUGAAGCGGAAGAUUCGUUCCCGGCCGGAGAGAUCGGAGCUGGUCAGGAUGCACAUAUUGGAAGAGACCUCGGCUGAGCCUUCCCUGCAGGCCAAGCAGCUGAAGCUGAAAAGAGCCAGGCUGGCCGAUGACCUCAACGAGAAGAUUGCGCAGAGGCCUGGCCCCAUGGAGCUGGUGGAGAAGAACAUCCUGCCUGUGGAGUCUAGCCUGAAGGAAGCCAUCAUUGUGGGCCAGGUGAACUACCCGAAAGUAGCAGACAGCUCUUCCUUUGAUGAGGACAGCAGCGAUGCCUUAUCUCCUGAGCAGCCUGCCAGCCAUGAGUCCCAGGGCUCGGUGCCGUCACCCCUGGAAGCCCGAGUCAGCGAGCUACUGCCCAGUGCCACCUCUGUGUCCCCCACUCAGGUCGUGUCUCAACUCCCCGUGGGCCCAGAGUCUGGAGAAACAGUCCUCCUGGCGGAGCAGCCUCCUCCGCCGCCCAGCCUCGCCAACGGAACCACGGUCGCCACCGCCAAGCCCCUCCCCACUCUCAUUAAGCAAAGCCAACCCAAGUCUGCCAGUGAGAAGUCGCAGCGCAGCAAGAAGGCCAAGGAGCUGAAGCCGAAGGUGAAGAAGCUCAAGUAUCACCAGUACAUCCCCCCGGACCAGAAGCAGGACAAGGGGGCGCCCCCCAUGGACUCCUCCUACGCCAGGAUCCUGCAGCAGCAGCAGCUCUUCCUGCAGCUCCAGAUCCUCAAUCAGCAGCAGCAGCAGCACUACAACUACCAGACCAUCCUGCCCGCCCCGCCCAAGCCAGCAGGGGAGGCUCUGGGAAGCGGUGGGGCCCCCCUGACGCGCAGCCUUUCCGCUACCAGCAGCAGCUCCGGCUCGGGCGCCCCUGGGCCCAGUGGGCUGGUACGUCAGAACAGCACCUCGUUGACUGGCAAGCCUGGGGCCCUGCCUGCCAACCUGGACGACAUGAAGGUGGCAGAGCUGAAGCAGGAGCUGAAGUUGCGGUCACUGCCCGUCUCGGGCACCAAGACAGACCUAAUUGAGCGCCUGCGCGCCUACCAGGAGCAAAUCAGUCCCGCCGCUGGAGCACCCAAGGGCCCCGCCGCUGCCUCCAUCCUGCCCAAGGCUGGCGAGGUGGUGGUAGCCUUCCCUGCUGCUCGGCUAAGCACGGGGCCCACCCUGGUGGCAGCGGGCCUGGCCCCGGCUGAGGUGGUGGUGGCCACGGUGACCAGCAAUGGAGUGGUGAAGUUUGGCAGCACGGGCUCCACGCCCCCUGUGUCUCCCACCCCCUCAGAGCGUUCACUGCUCAGCACAGGCGACGAGAACUCCACGCCUGGGGACACCUUUGGCGAGAUGGUGACGUCGCCAGUGACCCAGCUCACCCUGCAGGCCUCGCCGCUGCAGAUCCUUGUGAAGGAGGAGGGCCCCCGCGCUGGGUCCUGCUGUCUCAGCCCUGGGAUGCGGGCAGAGCUGGAGGGGCGUGACAAGGACCAGAUGCUGCAGGAAAAGGACAAGCAGAUCGAGGAGCUGACCCGCAUGCUCCGGCAGAAGCAGCAGCUGGUGGAGUGGCUCAGGCUGCAGCUGGAGCAGGAGAAGCGGGCCCAGCAGCCCACGCCAGCCCCUGCCCCUGCCCCGGCCCUGGUCACGCUUGGUGCCGCAGUGAAGCAGGAAAGCAGCCUUGCCAGCUGCCAGCUGAGCAGGCAGCCCCCGGGCCCCGAUUGCCCCUUCAGCCCCAGCCUCGCGGGCCCCGCUGCCCCCCAUGUAGACACUUGUACCCUGGGGCCCCCGGCCGUGGUGGUGAAGCAGGAAGCCGUGUUGCCCGAGCCUGAACCAGCCCCGGCCCUGGUCACGCUUGGUGCCGCAGUGAAGCAGGAAAGCAGCCUUGCCAGCUGCCAGCUGAGCAGGCAGCCCCCGGGCCCUGAUCGCCCCUUCGGCCCCAGCCUCGCGGGCCCCGCUGCCCACCAUGUAGACACUUGCACCCUGGUGCCCCCGGCCGUGGUGGUGAAGCAGGAAGCUGUGCUGCCCGAGCCUGAACCAGCCCCGGCCCCGCAGCUGCUUCUGGGCCCACAGGGCCCCAGCCUCAUCAAGGGGGUCACACCUCCCACGCUCCUCACUGACUCCACAGGGACCCACCUUGUCCUCACCGUGACCAAUAAGAAUGCAGACAGCCCUGGCCUGGCCAGCGGGAGCCCCCAGCAGAGAGGCCAGCUGUCCCCCACCAAGGUGACAUUGGCAGCUGGCUCCCUGCUGCUGCCACCCUCGCAGCCCAGACCCUUCACUCAGCCUGGCCCACAGCUCUUGUCCCAGCCUGGCUCUCCAGCCCCUGGCCCCCCAGCCCAGAGGGACCUGGAGCACCUGCCACAGCCCCUUUUUGGGCCCCCCACUUCUCUGCCGAAGAAGGAGCCGCCUGGCUAUGAGGAAGCUGUGAGCCAGCAGCCCAGACAGCAGGAAAAUGGUUCCUCAAGCCAGCAGAUGGAUGACCUGUUUGACAUUCUGAUUCAGAGUGGAGAGAUCUCAGCAGAUUUCAAGGAGCCAGGGAAAGAGAAGUCUCCCCCGACAGCAGCCUGCGGGUCACCCCUGGCCGCACAGCCGUCACCAUCCGCCGAGCUCCCUCAGGCUGUCCCCCCUCCAUCCGGCUCGCCGGCCCUCCCUGGGCGCCUGGAGGACUUCCUGGAGAGCAGCACAGGGCUGCCCCUGCUGACCGGCGGGCACGAGGGGCCAGAGCCCCUCUCCCUCAUCGACGACCUUCACAGCCAGAUGCUGAGCAGCUCUGCCAUCCUGGACCACCCCCCCUCCCCCAUGGACACUUCAGAAUUGCACUUUGCGCCUGAGCCCAGUGGUGUGGGCCUGGACCUGGCCGAUGGCCACCUGGAUGGCAUGGACUGGCUGGAGCUGUCGUCGGGUGGGCCGGUGCUCAGCCUUGCCCCGAGCACCACAGCCCCCAGCCUCUUCUCCACGGACUUCCUCGACGGCCACGACUUGCAGCUACACUGGGAUUCCUGCUUGUAGCUCUGGGGCUGCAGAGCCGGGGGCUGGGAGGGCUGGAAAGUCGGAGACCUCGGGAACCCAAGGGAGUUGAGCGCUCUCUUGCCUGAUGCAGCCUCUCCACGUGGUCAUGAGUCCUGACAAUCACAGGCCCUGCUUUCCCCUCCGUGGGAGGCCGGAGGAGGGUGUCCCCACACCUGGCUCUGGCUCACCAAGGAGAAGAGCUUCCAAGAAGCAGCUCUGGGUCCCACCCUGGGGUUUCGGAGGACUGGAUGGGCCAGGGGCUUCUAUUUGACCUCCUUUUGUGAGGUCGGGGUGCACCUGUCUGCUGCAGUUUGCUCAGGAGGUGAGGCUGAGGCAGGGCAAGGGGUGCAUGUCCUUCCUUCUCUUCCCCUUCCCUGCAAGGGAAGGAACUGGCUGGGCCUCUACCUCACCACCCUCUUGAUGCCAACACCACCGACCCAGGCUUCCCGGGAGGGGGGCUCCCUGCCAUUUUAGUGUCUUGGUGUAGUGUAACCAUUUAGUGGUUGGUGGCAAACGUUUUCUGUACAGGUGUAUAUACCUCUAUAUUAUAUAUCGCCAUACAUAUAUACACAUAUAUCUUGGGGGGCGGGUGGGAGGUGAAUGCAGCCCCCCACCCCCGGUUCUACUCUGUGCACACGGAAGGGCCUGAAGCCACCGCUCCCGGGGCUGAACACAGCUUACCCUGGCCCCACCCAUCACUUGUAUCUGACACGUAUAGACGCCUCGUCACAGCCUGUGCCGCACCUGUCCUGCUUCCUGCUCCUUAUCAGUGCCACGAGGGCAGAGGUGCUUCCUGGCCCCCUGCCCACAUUCCCUCCCGCUGCCUCACUGCAGCCACCACGGCCCUGGGACAGCAGUGGAGCCAGAGGUGGCCCUCAAGCUAUGGCCUCCUCCUGCCCUGGGGCCUGGCCUCCCUUCUGGCCUUCUGGCCGUUGUCAUUCACAGGGGAUCAGGGAUGGAGUCACCAGAACCAGUUCUGGGACAGAGGUGGGAAAGCUGUGUGAACUUUUUAAAAUAAAAACGAAAACCCCG